GAACAUGCAAACGCCACAAAGAGAUGGCUGAGAGUGGAAUUGAACUCAGGUGUCCUAGCUGUGAGGCCUGCGUGCCGAACCACUCGUCCACCGUGCAGCCCCACAAAUGUUUUAAAGCAAAUUGGUUGCCAAUGUAGUUUUAAAAUGCAUACCCUCUGCAAAAUGUCACCGUUUAUUCAUUCAAAACAGUCGAAAACGGCUUGGAAAUAAAUAAUUAACAUACUUGUAGUAGAGAGCAGCGCCGGUAAUUGCGUGUAGUGACCGCUAGGGGCGCCGCACUCCAUGUUCCCGCAGACACACAGCGGAGAGAAGAGACAGCCAUGGAGAGGCUGACAGCCACCGACUCUCUCUCUUCUCUUUGUUACCUUUAAAACUCUCGCCGUUCCCCCACAACUAUGACACCGUCCGAGGCGACUGGUUCCGGUCCGGACGCUCGUCGUUACUCUCUGUGGGGACGAGAAGGAGUUGUUUUGCUGCGGCUUAAGUAGCAGUCUGGAUCUAAUCAUUGCGUUGUGUGGGUUUGACACGGACGUGCUAUUUGGAUGUUUGGACUAUGAGCGUAAGCGACCAAGGGGCCUUUUUGGUGGACUUGGGCGGCGGCUUCAAUGAGGAUGCUCCCAGACCUCCAGUCCCGGGGGAAGAAGGCGAGCUGGUGCUCACCGAGAGCCGCCAGCACCAGCACACCGCUUUCCCAUCUAAGAAGUGCGACGCGCCCGUCGCUACGCCACGACGACCUGACCUGGACUUGGGUUAUGAGCCGGAGGGCAGCGCGUCCCCGACUCCGCCUUACGUGAGAUGGGCAGAAUCGCUUCACUCGCUACUGGAUGACCAGGAUGGCAUCCAUCUAUUUCGGACGUUUCUCAAACAGGAAGCAUGCGCCGACUUGUUGGACUUCUGGUUUGCUUGCAGCGGUUUCCGUAAGCUCGAAACCAGCAACGGCAACGACGAGAAGCGGUUGAAACUGGCUAAAGCCAUUUAUAAGAAAUACAUCCUGGACAACAAUGGAAUUGUGUCCAGGCAGAUCAAACCGGCGACUAAAUCUUUCAUCAAAGACUGCGUGAUGAAGCCGCAUAUCGAUCCCGCCAUGUUCGACCAGGCUCAGACAGAGAUCCAGACCAUGAUGGAGGAGAACACCUACCCUUUAUUCCUUAAAUCAGACAUAUAUUUAGAACACACGCAAACAGAAGGAGAGAGUCCCAAACUGUAUGCCGAUCAAAGUCCAACAUCUGACAACGCCAAGAGUCUGGUGGGUUAUUUGCCAACGCUGAACGAGAAUGAGGAAUGGAGAUGCGACCAAGACCCGGAAGAUAGGCCCGAUUGUGACACCGCACCCAGCAGCAGGCUCACACAGAGGCUGUUCAUGGAAACGCCACCGCCACCACGCACUGCUAACAGAUUCCAGGAUGAGUACAGACUUGCCCCCUGCCGGGAGCCCACCAACCGCUACUACGCCAACGCUGGCCAUGCAUUAGCUCCCGCCACUAGCGCCAACGACAGCGAGCAACAGAGUAUGUCCAGUGACGGGGACACACUCUCCCUGACGGACAGCAGCAUAGAUGGCGUCCCACCCUACAGAUACCACAAGCCUCAUCGGCGGGAGAUGCACGAGAGCGCUCGAGCAAACGGGCGCGUGCCGCUGCCUCUCAUCCCUCGCACAAACAGGAUUCCUAAAGACAUCCACGUGGUGCCGGAGCGCUUUGCCGCCGACCUGAUCCUCCGCCUGGAGGGCGUUCUACGAGAGAGGGAGACAGAAGAGCGACUGGAGAGACUACAACUGGGAGCGGAAGGUGAUGAAACGGAUACGUCAAUUGGAAGUGAUCAUAUGCAGAAUUCCAACUACGCCGACUACUUCCUGAGGGACGCCCACGAGGAGAACCCAGAGAGCAUCCUGGACGACCACGUUCAGCGCGUCAUGAAGACGCCAGGGUGCCAGUCGCCGGGAACAGGACGACAUUCUCCAAAAUCCCGUUCGCCCAAUGGCUUCCCAGCGGUUAAAGGGACGACGGCGCCGUCCUGGGGUAAAUAUACGUCCAGGCAUGGUCUCAAGGGAGAGUCUGGCCACAAGGCUGGAGCCGGGAAGCUCAAAGAGCAAGUGGAGUCACCGUGGGGCGUGGACAAGUCUCGCAUGUUUGCGGAUGGCAUCGGAUCUACAAACAUGGACUAUGCAACUUAUGGCAAAGGAGGUCUGCAGUGUCGGCGAGCAUGUAAGCGUGGGGAGGAGGCGCCAGGUCCUGGAGAUGACAUGGAGAAGAACCAGAAGAUUCUAUUGUGGCUGAUGGAGGGGCAGAAGGAAAUGAUCCGACACAAGAGGAGCCCGUAUGGUAGCACCAUGGGAUCGAAAAAAGUUCCUGGCCACACUGGACCCCAUCCCAGCUCGGCGUGGGCCGACGUGCAGCCAUCACAUCCUUUCAUCCAGGAUCCCACCAUGCCCCCCAACCCGGCCCCGAGUCCCCUCAUCCAGCUGGAGGAAGUCCGGCGGCGUCUAGAGGAGGAAAAACUGAAGUCUGGAGUUCUUCAACCCAAGCAGAGGUAUGUGAUGGAGGUCAUCCAGCGGGGUCGCACUGCGGUCAGGCCUGCACUGGUCCCUCCGCUCGGCGUGGUGCCCGCCGUUUCAGACUGCGAGCUCUCCGAGCCCGAACACAAAGCCGCUACUAAAAAGCAAGCAUGCGACAACACCACAGUGGCGUAUUAUUUUUGCGGGGAGCCGAUACCGUACAGGACGUCCGUCAAAGGGCGGCUGGUGACGCUGGGCCAGUUUAAAGAGCUGCUGACCAAGAAAGGAAACUACAGGUAUUACUUCAAGAAGGAGAGCGAUGAGUUUGACUGCGGCGUGGUGUUUGAAGAGGUGCGCGAAGACGAUGCCACGUUGCCAAUAUUUGAGGAGAAGAUUAUUGGAAAAGUAGAAAAAAUCGACUGAAGAGCGAAGGAAGGAAAGAAGGAAUUGUUACGUCGACUGAAGGUGAUGAGGAAGGAGAAAGAGAAGGUGAAAGAAAAAGUGCUGAAUAUUUUGUAUAGUACUUUCUAAAGUAAAACACACUUUUUUUUAUAAAUAUGUAUUGAUACCAGAUGUGUACAGUUUGUAGUAACAAAUAACUACAUUUUAUAUCUAUUUAACUAUUUAAAAUGAUUCAUUUGCAAUCCUAGCGAAAAGCCCCCCUGCCCCAUGAAGACGAUCACUAUCCUUUUUUAUAUAUUGUAUUUAUUUGUUUUUAUUUUAAGUAAUUUAUUUGGUGAUAUUUUAGCAGCACUUUUCUAAUGUUUUUUGUGUCAUUUGUCAUUUUUUUAAUGUAAUGACAUGUUUUGGCCACUACGGUGGCGCUGUUUCCAUUCAGGUUUUAUUGUAAUGAGAUCAUAAUUUGGAUAGAAAAUGAUUCUUUAUUGGCUAUUUAUGACACCCAAUUUAGCACAAGUGGUAGUAAAAUUGUGAGAAAUGUAGAUUUAAAUAUCUAUGCAAGCUGCUGUCAAAUAAUAGUUUGAUUUCCUGUUAUGUGUCAAAGAUGGCGUCAUGGUUACGUUACGUUACAUUAUCACAGCAUUUGAGCUAAAGUCUUCCAGCGGAAAACCUUAUGUACCUUGAAAAUUGUUGACUUUGGGUGCCUAAAUCCUCAAUUUGGUGCCUGGCGGGGUUGGAGAAGCAACAUGUCCCAUUUUUACUCUGGGGUGCCCCCUGUAGGUGUGAAGCGGAACUGAGCCAAGAUUAUAGUGUUUUAAGAAGCUAAUGAAUGUACACGAAUUUAUUUUGUACUGCGAUGUAAUGUUAAUUGCUAGCACUAACGCAGCCCGGAGUGAGUGUCCUGGCUGGUCCACCGGUUCAUAUUAGACCAAGGUUGCCACGGCAACAACAGAGCCACAUCGCUUCUUUUUUUUUUUACCAGGCAGUGUGGCGUCUGACAUUAUUAUUAAAGCAGGUGAAAUUGUUACAUAUUGUUGCUUUAAAUAAACAGCCCCUUUCAUUUAUUAUAUUUAUUAUACUUUGGAAGUGCUGCUUAUUACUGCAAGAAGUCAGAAAAUAGAUGCUGUUCUUUGCCGAGGUUUUGUACGGCUCAUAUAUUUGCUGCAGUUGCUACUGAAGGACGUGUCACAAUAAAAGCAUUACAUAAGCGGUACACCUUGAGAUAUUACGUAUGCGUACAGAAUGUUUUCAGUGCUAUCCAUUAUGAGCUAUAAUAAUAAUAAUAUAUUCAGCUAUGUGAGUACACAAUUUCUGUUGUUGACAUGUUUUUGUUUGAAAAGUAGACUAGCGCAUUUUCUUUUGAAAGUCCCAAAAGUCAGUCAACUAUGUGAAGUAAAAUCAUCAGAGUGCCUUUAAUAGUAUUAAUAUCAUUCAGAUGGAUUGUUGCUGUGUUUGUAUGUAAAUAUGUGCAACAUGAACAUGUCAUCAACCAGCAGCCCCGAUCAGCAGAUUCACAACAAAAAAAAAAGUGAAAACGGUACCUGGACAAUAAAUACAUGCAAUAAACCAACACAACCGUCUGGAGUCUUAUUAACACAUGGAAAUGAAAGCGCCAGUUUGAGGGGAUGCUACAGGAUCUAAGGUAUUUCACUGUUCUACAACAACAGUCAUUACCGGCAACGGCAGUCACUCAUGGUCAUGGACUCACCUGGAACCAAAGAGGCUAAAUCAGGGGUGUCCAAAGUGUGCCCCAGGGGCCUGCAGCGAAGAAAAAACUGUAAAAAAAAAAAAAAAAAUUAGCACAAAUAAUUAAAAUAGAAAAAAUAAGAUGUAAUUUAUGCAAUGUUGUAAUAAUGAGGGAAAAUAUUUAGUAGCAUGAACAUAUAUAGAAAUACUAAAGAUUUAAAUUGGGAUAUUAAACAAAAACAUCAAAUAAAGUGAGCAAGUGGUUAGCGCUGAAGCCACACAGCUAGGAGACCCGAGUUCGAUUCCACCUUCUCUGUGUGGAGUUUGCAUGUUCUCCCCUGUGCAUGCAUGGGUUUUCUUCCAAAAACAUGC